CGACAGCCGGCGCCUCAGUCGGUCGCCGAACACCCCGCUGGCGGCAUCACACAGCCGAGCGAGAGCGAGAGAGAGCUGCUCCAGGGAGGAUCUGCAGCGCUGUGCGCAGCAUUAAUACAGUUAUGAAGAUGAACAGGACAAUGAGCAGCUAAUAAACAUUUGAUGGAAAUCGUGUGACACUGAAGAUAGACUACGACAGAAAAUGAGGCGCGAAGUUAAAGUGUUGUGGUGGGCCAGCGUGGCCGUGUUGUGUGCAAGCAUGUGUUUAGGGGAAAGUGUUCACUCGGACACUACGACGAGAAAUAGCCAGAAGGACAAAGAACUUAGUGGCAGAGACAGUUCGAAUAAUUCGGAGGGAGAGGCAGCGACAUGGUGCCCGUCGUGCGCGGUGAACUUGCUGGUGGAGGAGAUGCGGCGCGACUGCGGCGAGCGGCGUGGGGGCGGGCAGGCGCCGCCGCCGGACGUGGUGGCCUGCGCGGAGGCGGUGCUGGGGAGGCUGCUGCAGCGCGCCGAGGCCCGCGACGUGCUGCCGCUGGCGCCAGGCCUGGCGCUGCGCCGCACCGCCGGGGGCGGCGGGGGCGGAGGUCGUAGCGCCGCGGAGCCGCUUGCGACCCGCGUGAGCCGCUUCCUCCGCACGCACGCACUCACCGUCUCCCUGCGCGACGCGUGGACAGCCCUCUCGGGGUCUCGUGCAUCUACCGCCGCCAGAAGCUUCUUUGGCCUCUUCCAACCAGGGACGGAGGCGGCCGGUAAGAGCUCAUUCAUGGCGGGCUUCGGGCUGGGCUUCCUGGCGUUCGCUCUGAAGAAGCUGCUGCUGCCGGUGCUGAUCGGCGCGCAGAUCGCCAAGUCCAUCCUGAUCGCCAUGUUCCUGCCCUCCCUGCUGGGCGGCCUGGGCAAGGUGCUCAACAGGGGUGUCUCCACGUUCGCGUCCGCCUCCAGCGCCUCCGGCUCCAACGGCGGUGGCGCGGGCGGCGCCGCCAGCUUGGAGGAUUUCGAGUUCAAGGACAACCUGGACGCCGCUGAGAGCAGCUACCCGAGCGGGACGUUCGCCUACCCCGAGACCCCGGGCGUUCUGCCCGCCUCGGCCAUUUACAAAGACCAGUCCGCCAUCAGCAGUUUCAAGCCGACGGCGGCGCCGAAGCUAGGGAUGGGCCUCGGUAACUACUACGGGUCGCGGCCAGCGGUGCUGGGUCCUGGGGUCAAGUCGCCGCGGCCGCACGACUUCAAGGUGUUCCAUCAGAUCCCGAAGUCGUCGCUGCUGCUGAGCCACUACGACCCGUUCUACAGCCCCCUGCUGUCUCGGCUCGACAGCGUCUUCAAGCAGCUGGGCAGCGACUCGGAGUCGUGCCGCGAGCAGCUCGUCUGCGAGAUGUACAGCAGCCCGGCGCGCUUCGCGCCCUACUCCAACCUCGUCUCCGCCCAGCUCAGCAGGGAGCUGAACGAGUUGCGGAAGCCCUCGACGGACAAUCCGGAGAUCCUGCGCUUCUUCCGCUACAUGAAGGCCGCCAAGGACGGGCAAGACGGGCUGCCGUGCGCCCAGCUACACCCCGGCUGCUCCGCCUCUGCGUCGCGGCCGCCGCUGCUGCAGACGUUCCACGACAUCAACAAGCUGGUGCACGCGCGGAGGCUGGGCCGCCUGCUCACAGCAGACUCUGAGACUGAGUCCCAGCCGAGCAAGGUCGGCGAUGACGUCAUUUCAGACACUACGGUUCCGCCGCCCACUGUCGCCGACAACACUGCGAAUCCGACAACAGAAACAGAACAUAGUAGUUGAGUUUCUGACGCGAUGACAAUGGGAGUACACUACCUCUAAGUAUCCACUCAAUUAUUGCAGAUCACUUCGCUGCCAAAUGAAGUAAUCAGAAACGUGUCUUUCAUUCCCAGUGAGGUUCUUCUGUGCGACUAUUUUCGACAUUCAAUGUAGUUCAUUUUUUGUUUAUCUGAAUAGGGUCCUCAGUCUCCGCCACACAAAUGUAGUCCAUAUGACGUUCUAGUUUCAUUUUUGUGUGUGAAAUUCGUCUUGUAUGGAUACAUCGAAAAUCUUUAUUAUGUUUUAACUAAGUGUCGGUAACCGCACUUUGUCUUGUCCACAGAUUGCCGUGCCAAAACUCUUAAAGUUUCAUUUAAAGAAAUGACUAAAAAGUUACGCAGUGAACACUUUAACUCCCACAGAUCUUUCAUUCAUAUGAUCCAAUUUUACAAUUUGCAGUAUAUGAAUGUGCAUACAGUUCAUUGUCACUUUACUGAUAAGUGCUCCCAUUCGAUAGUUAAAUUUCCUGAGACUCAUAUUUAUUUAUACCAACCAAUGGAAAAAGUCCGUAUUUGUGCUACACUGACAGUUGCACAACGUAUUAAACAUCAGUAUCAUUAAUUACUAUUGUCCAUACUGGUACAGAUCAAAUUUAGUGUUGCAUGAAUUAUGAGAUCAACAGAGCUUUGGUUUCCUUUGUGAAUACCUUAUUAGCAAGGAACAUUUUAAGGAAUAUCUUGAAGGUCUCAAAGGAGCAGGGCAUUUGUCCAAUUGGGAUUUCUGGCUGUCAGCAUUUUCUUUUUUAGUGACACAGGUUCCUGGUAAAUUGGCAUUUGCAAAUCAUACGCAAGUAAGUUCCAAAGCACUAUAAAUUAAAUGGAAACUAAUUUUUAAAUCCCUGUUCAGAAGAAAAAGAGGAGUGACAUGAUCACUGUUUCAAAGUUCCAGAAAAAUGUUCUUAUGCAGGUUACAUUUAUUACUGUACUUAUUUUCAUAAUGGUAACAGUUCAGUCCAUCACACAAAGAUGAGACAGUCUUUUAUUCUUUUUUUAUGGAAACUUAAUCACUUUUCAUAAGGUAAUUUUGAAAGCAUUAGGUUUGAAACUACCAUAUGAAAUUGAUGAGGAUGUAAUUGUAUAAUUACAAUAAACAAUAUGCAUAGUAAUGCAGCUGUUUAUUAAGGUCUCCUAUUUAUUUAUUAAUUUAUUUGUGACAUCAACUGUCUAUUUAUAGAUUAUUUUAUUAUUUAUUGCUGUAUUUGUUAUUUGUUAAAUAAACACACCAUCACAGUC